UGAAGUUAGAAAGGUGUUUAACAAUGUCGUAUGUAACUUUAGAGACGGUCCCUUAAUUUCCGCAUAUCCGCGAAUAUCGAACGUCCAACGUCAAACCAACUUUAUUCCAGUGCAAAACAUUACAAGAGCAUAUAUAAUCUGAGGAAAAGGAUCCUGAUCUCCAUCCUAAAAUGUAAUCAGUUUGGCUAGUCAUGGCUUCUCUGUCCCACUUAGCGUUAAGGCAACUAUAAGUCACCACUUAACCGCUAUAGCUUAACUAGGCGUGGUUGUAGUUACCACGCCUAGACCGUGGGUUCAGCAGAUAAUACCAUUUCAUUACAGCUAUAAGCUUAAGUAAACUCAGUUUAGUCAAAACCUCAGCAGCUAACAGAGAACGGUUCAUUAAAGUUAGCAUUUGGGUCCCCUUAGGUUAUUUUUGGAACCAUUUCAUAACGUUCUGGCAAUGUUCUGUUUUGGUGAACAGUGAGUCGGUGCUGUUCCCCAAAUGUCCUGGGAACUUUCAAACACAACCUUCGCUUAUGGUUAUAUGACAAACGACAAGGAACCCCCUGCUGAAAAACCCCCCACAAAUAAACAAGCAAACAAACAAAACCCAAUAGAAACCAUCACAGAAUAUCUAAUGGCUUCCACAACAAAUACUAUCACAAACCAUCAGCUAACCAUUAAAACCAUUACCAUAAUUGGCCCUUAAUGGUAUACACUACACAUAACACGCCACCAAAAGAAGGAAACAAAUGACCAAUAGAGACCCACAGGGACCAUUACAGCUUCCAUCAAAACCCAAUACAAUCCCCCCUAUAACCAUUAAAACCCAUUACAAAUCCUAUGAGGGUUUCUAUUGUUUGUUUUUUUCAGCAGGGACUGUUGUGGACAAAUCCCUCCAAUCAAAGUCAUAAAACAUCCAGAGACCAGGAGUUAUGGAUGUCAAAAUAAAUUAAACUUUAUUUAAAACAAAUAAAGUGAGACCUCUGCAUACAGUCUAAAUUAUGCAAACACACACAUGCCCUUUUAUACCUUUCUGCAAUAGCAAGCUCAUCUUAUGCGGGGUUUUACCUUUCUCAUUAAAAAACAGACCAAUUUUCUUUGCCACAAUUAAUUAUUCAUAUCUAUAUGAUAUCUUACAUUUGUGGAGCAUGCAUAGUUAAUUUCCUUUUAGAAAGGUUUUAUAAGUCCAAGGUUUUUCUUUCUUUUUUUUUCUUUUUUUUUUUACUCUGUCCCAAAUUCACUUCUACACAUUAAUGAAUUUCUGGCUCUCACCCAAUUAAUUUCCGCUACCUUAAUGAUUUUCUGGCUUUUGCCCCAGCCUGAUACGUGAGGCCUUACCUCAGCCCUAUACUGGUCUGCAAGCUUCAAAGUUGUCUUAACUGGAGAUAAGCAGUUUCAGCAAAUGUCUAAAUGCUCAUUUAUUGCUGUGCAGAAAGGUACAGGAUGUAUAGGAUGUACAAAGGUACAUAUUUAUAUAUAAAGCAUAUAUAAGACAACAGCAGUUGAUCCAAAGUGCUGUAUAAAACAUUAAAAUUCAUCACAUUAAAAAACAUUACAACACAAAGAAUAAAAACAAGUUUUAAGAGAAGAUUUAAAAAUAGCUAAAGAUGGAGCAGACCUCACAUGAAAAGGGGGACUGUUCCAAAGUUUGGGACCAAUAACAGAAAAGGCUCGAUCACCCUUUGUCUUAGUACAACAACGGGGGACAGGUUGUUCUGAGACUAAAUCAUUGUUAUCAGGGUUUUAACAAGGGCCACUACACUAGACCAUUGGCGGAUUAACACUUGUGCUCCUGCUGCUCCUGGGCAAUAGCCACCCAAGUGCUCCCUCCAAGUCUUAAAGAAAUAGUGCUUACAUAAAUGUAUAGAAUUUGAAUUUUGUAUUGGUGAUUAAGUCCUUAAUUCCUGGUGCCCCAGGGCACUUGCCCAAUUGCCCAUAGGAUUAAUCCGCCUAUGCACUAAACAGCAUGAUUGUACCACAGCCUCUUGGAGCUACAGUAAGAGAAGAGAUUUGUCUGUCUGACCGGAAGAUGUCGCUGUUUCACAGGUUUUUAUACAAUAACGCACCAAGUAGAAAUUGCCUAGAGCAGCAGAAUGCAACGUUACUGUAGCAGUGUGUAAAUCCUUUUCAUUCUGCUCUACCAAAACCCGUGGGAGCAUUUGAGUGGAAAAACACAUCUCACAGGUGCCACUUGCAGCCCAUGUGCUUGUAUUGUUUAUAUGCACGAUUGCAUACCUCCUCAAAAAAGCAGUUUCAUUUCCUACAAAUCUCCAAUAUGGAUGUAAUCAGCGCAGUGUAAUGCAUUGCCUGGUAUAUGAAUAGCUAGAGGUCCACAGUAUAACAUAUGAAUUUCAUAAACGAACAGUAAAUUCAAUACAAAUUAAAUAGUGUGUUUAACGUGAAAACAAAACAAAACGUGCGUCUACCUGUGGUGUUAGUCGAUACCUGCGCAUUGCAUCAUUAUAACUAGCUGAAUUUCAUGCUUCUAGUACAAAAACAAGUAAAAAAAAAACAAAAACAAAAAACAAACAACAAACAAAAAAACAAAACAAACCACGAAGGCUUGAAACCUAGUAUACAAACCAGUGCUUUUGACAGACAUCACAAAGAAGAGGGGUAUAUAGUCACCUCCCUGUCCUGCCACCGCGCGCACAAAAAGCGCCCUCCGCGCCCCCGAGCCUGAUCACGUGACUCGACAUCUGCUGGCAGUGGCAACCGAAGAAAACCAAGCAACGCACGAGGAGGAGAAGAACAGUGUCCGACUGCUGCCACUUUCCGCCACUGAGACUGUCGGGAGUGCUGCCUCCGGCGCGCGCGCUGCUUUUUGAACUCUAACCUGCUGCUAUAAGAGCCAGGGAACUUGUCUCUCCUUUGUUCUUUCUGAGCAGCAUUUCCACUGAUUUAUUUUUUUGUGCUGGGGAGUUGAUGCUCUAAAGGAGCGAGCAUGCUUCUUUUGCGUUGAGGGGGUUGGCAUGCGCGCUGCCCCGCCGCCGCCGCCACACUGGAGGGUCGCGGCUCGCGGAUCGGGACGCUCCUGCAGGGGCUGGGAUGCGCACCCGGUACCUCCCGAUUCCUGUCCGGCUUCGGCGCUGAGCCGCAGCGGCAGCAGGACUCGAGUCGGGCUACGAGGAGCCGCUCCACGCGGAGCAGGAUGCCGGUGAUGAGGGGACUGCUCGCCCCGCAGAACACCUUCCUCGACACGAUCGCCACGCGCUUCGACGGCACCCAUAGCAACUUUGUGCUGGGGAAUGCCCAGGUACAGUCCCUCUACCCCAUCGUGUACUGCUCGGACGGGUUCUGCGAGCUGACAGGCUACGCUCGCGCUGAGCUGAUGCAGAAGAGUUGUGCGUGCAACUUUCUGUAUGGUCCAGAGACAAGCGACAGGCUGACGGCGCAAAUCCAAAGCGCUCUGGAUGACCGGCGGGAAUUCAAGACUGAACUGGUUUUCUACAAGAAAGGAGGUACUCAGUUCUGGUGUCUGCUGGAUAUCGUGCCUAUUAAGAAUGAGAAAGGAGAGGUCGUGCUGUUCCUGGUGUCCCAUAAAGACAUCACAGACAAUAAGAAGGACCAGGACGAAGAACAGUGUCCUGAGAUAGAUGAGGAGACAGGACUGGAGGUUCACAAGGUCACGCGGCCGCAGAGCUUCAACGCUAACCGGCGGCGUAGCCGGGCUGUGCUGUACCAGCUAUCAGGACAUCUGCAGAAACAGGACAAGAGCAAACUCAAGAUCAAUAACAAUAUGUUUGGUGAGAAGCCGCCCAUCCCCGAAUACAAGGUAGCAGCCAUUCAGAAGUCCCGCUUUAUCCUCCUUCAUUAUGGUACCUUCAAGGCUGGCUGGGAUUGGUUGAUUCUUUUAGCCACCUUUUAUGUGGCAGUCACUGUCCCCUAUAACGUAUGCUUUGCUGUGGUUGGUGUACGGGACGACAUGCCAACACCCAGAAGUCCACCGAGUGUGAGCGACAUUUUGGUGGAGAUCCUUUUUAUGCUAGAUAUUGUGUUGAACUUCCGUACAACGUUUGUGAGCACAUCAGGCCAGGUGGUGUACGACGCUCGCUCCAUCUGCGUGCACUACGUAACCACCUGGCUCUUUGUGGACCUAAUCGCUGCGUUACCCUUUGACUUACUCUACGCGUUCAAUGUCAGUGUGUUCUUUGGGGUUCAUCUACUGAAGACUGUUCGGUUGUUAAGACUCCUGCGCUUACUCCAGAAGCUAGAGCGCUACUCACAGUAUAGUGCCGUCGUCCUCACCUUGCUCAUGUCGAUGUUUGCUCUGCUGGCUCACUGGAUGGCGUGUGUCUGGUACUUUAUUGGACGCUGUGAGAUCGAGAAUAAUACGCCUGGAUCCUGGGACAUUGGCUGGCUGCAUGAGUUAGCCAAACGCCUGGGCACGCCAUACUUCCUCUCUCCCCUCACAUCCGUCCUUCCAGAAUCACUGAGGCCCAACAACCUGGAUGGUCUGAGUGGCAACGUGAGCCAGUGGAACUCCUCCAGCAGUGAUAUAGUGGGGCAGGACUCUGUAGCAAACUCCACCCAGUUGAAUGGGACUGGGGCAGGGCCAGUGGAUGGUGUCGACUCGGUGCUGGGUGGUGGCCCAUCAGUACGGAGUUCCUAUGUGACGUCACUCUACUUCGCUCUAAGCAGCCUGACCAGCGUGGGCUUCGGCAAUGUCUCAGCUAACACUGACUCCGAGAAGAUCUUCUCCAUUUGCACCAUGCUGAUUGGAGCGCUGAUGCACGCCGUAGUCUUCGGUAACGUCACAGCCAUCAUCCAGCGCAUGUACUCCCGCCGCUCACUUUACCACACACGCACCAAAGACCUAAAGGACUUCAUCCGCGUUCACCGAUUGCCCAAGGCCUUGGAACAGCGCAUGCUGGAGUGCUUUCAGACCACGUGGUCCGUUAACAACGGCAUCGACGUCAGUGAGCUGCUGAAGGACUUCCCCGAUGAGUUGCGAGCAGACAUCGCCAUGCACCUGAACAAAGAGCUACUGCUGCUGCCGCUCUUCGAGUCGGCCAGUCAUGGGUGUCUACGCUCGCUCUCGCUGAUCAUUAAGACGUCGUUCUGUGCACCCGGAGAGUUCCUCAUCCGUCAGGGCGACGCACUGCAGGCCAUCUACUUUGUGUGCUCAGGCUCCAUGGAGGUGCUCAAGGACAACACAGUACUGGCCAUUCUGGGUAAGGGCGACCUGAUCGGCUCAGACUCUCUGACGAGGGAGCAGGUGAUUAAGACCAACGCUAACGUAAAAGCUCUGACCUACUGUGACCUGCAGUACAUCAGCCUGAAGGGGCUGCGCGAGGUGCUACGCCUCUACCCCGAGUACGCACAGAAAUUUGUCAGCGAGAUCCAGCACGACCUCACCUACAACCUGCGUGAGGGCAACAACACGGAUGUGGACUGGGAGAGCAACGGCGGCCUGGUCAAGAAACUGCCCUCCAUUCGUGAAGACGAGGAGAACGAUGAAGAGCAGCACUCCGUGUCACGGGCACCUCGCUCACCUCUGCGGCUCACGAGGGGGCUUAGCUCACCCCUGCGCUCACCCCUCAUGCCCCCAAGGCCCUUUCGUCCCCCCUCUGAUCACAGCCGCCCGGCCACGCUUCAGAUACCUGUGGUCAGCUUCAGCAGUGCCCCUCCAGAGCUCAGCCCCAGGUUUGUGGAUGGCAUUGAGACAGAGAGCAAUUCUGGUUCAGCACAAAGGUUUGAGUUCAGCUCUAACCUACCUCAUAGUGGCCCUCCAUCCCCAAGUCCAGUGAGCCAAGAGCAAGUGGAAACCAGGCAGAGCAUCAGCAAACUGAGCGAAGAGAUGAACAGCUUGUCGAAACAGGUCUCCCAGCUCAGUGAGGAAUUGCAGGAGAUGACUCGCCUCCUACGCCCUCUGUUCCUCACUGCUGCUCAGCCACUCCUCUCAACCCCCCCACCACCCAUGACUUUACCUGGCAGUGGUCCAUCCAUGAACUCACCUGCAGCCCCAUAUCCUCCAGCCCCUCCCUGCUCUCUAUUGGACAUCACAGACCCGGUGGGGGUGGUAGGUCUACCCAGCUGCCUCAUACCCACCAGUCCACCACAAAGACUGCAAUCCCAGGUGGUUUGUUCAAAUGGCUCCCCUCAUGCCAGCCUGUCCCAUUUAGAGACUAUUAAAAAAGAUGGCACAGGUACAGGGCAGCACGACAUCCCUCUUGGCCCUACUAAUGGCUACGGGCAGGUAGCUCCAGACCGGCUUGCUUCUCGUGCCACUUCCCCCUCUCUUUCUUUCUCCAUGUCUAUAUCCUCAUCCCGCUCCCAGUCACCUUCCUUGACACCUUGUCAAGGACCCCACCCCUCCUGCCCCACCAGCUGCACACAGGGCCUGUUAUUUCCCAUAUCAUCACAAGACAUCCCACCAGCUUCUCAAGACAACCCACCCCCACCACACUCCCAUUGCUCAGCACCUGCUUCACUAAGUAACUCCCCAGGUGACCCCAGACUGAGAGAUGGUCCCUCCCUGGCUUCCUCUUCCUCCACACCCAUACUUCAGACCCUGCCCUGUUCCUCACCAUCCUGCCCACACCCCUCCCCUCUCUUGCUCUGUUCCCUGAGAGAUGGCCAGGGGUCGAUGGGCUUCCCGUGGCACCGGCAGACCUCCAGCUGUGCCCAGGCAGCGUCUGGCACUGAGCAACCUCAGCUGGAACUGGAGAUGCAGGAGUGGGAUGCAGGAGGGAAGAGCUCAACAGAGCACAUCAGCUUCAUCGAUGAGGAAGGACCACCACUGUGAAUGCCAUGGGGAGAGAUGGGAGGAGAGCAGUAGCACAACCAGGAGCUGGACUGCAGCACAUCAGUACAUCAAAUAAGGGUGGAAGGAUAAUAUAAGGAGUUUUGAGUGUUAUCCAGAAAGUAAAGCAGGGUCCAUCCACCAUACAAAUGGGCAAAGUGAGCUGCUUUUCUUCGAGGCUGCAGCUUUCAUAACUGGUCAUGAUGGCAUCUCGCACCAUCUCAACACACCAAAACCUGACACCAGCCAAUCCCAACCAUAUCAGCACAAAGGGGCCUGUGCUUCUCUCGACAGACAGGAGCUCUUCUCCAGUGGCAUUAUACGACACACACAAAAGCUCAAAUUGGCAUGGUGCAUGGCAACCAAAAUUUCUAUCCAACCAAUCAAACACAGCAAACUUUGUAAGAAAUACUUGACCUAUGAAGAGUUCCUGUUGGUUCUUCUGCAUGGGUACAUGUUGACGUUGUAGGCCAGAAUAAGGGAGAUGGCACAUGUUUGUAAUCUCAUGUUACUCUUCUAUACUGCCAAAACAUUUGUGCUUUAUGUAUAACCAACCAUAGGUCACACAUGCAUCUACUUGCUCUGAUCUUUCACAGCAGUUAGGUAGAUGAAUGAAUGUUUUACACCACAGCACAUAUCAUUCUCAAUUUCUCCCUAUUUGAGCACAAGUAGACAGCACACAUGUCUAUGUCCAGACCCAUACAUUGCAUAUUUGUUUAGACUGGGAAUGUAGAGCUUAUUCCAACUUCACAUAGCACACACGUUUAUAUAAAUCAUGCCUUAUUUUCUCCACUUCUUUAUAGAGCUUUACCUGUAUACUGUAUCUGAUUCAAGACUGAUAUAACUCAUGGCCCUCAUUAACAUGAGGAUUAAAUGGCUACUGAACAAAAAGUACGAUUUGGAAUAAGGGAUAUGAAAAGGGUAGCCUUCCUUUUGGUUUUACAUAUAGUGUACACAUGCAUAAAGCCAUAAAGCAUGUGGUUGUCGCAUGGAGUAAUGGCCAAUAGCCUAGCGUGGCUCACAGGAGCUCCAUUCUCUAAACGUGACCACAACAGGCAUUACAACAAGACAAUCAAAACAAACCACUAGACCCAGACAGAAAUACAAUAUAUGCCAGCUAAAAAAAUCACACUGCCCUAGCCUGGCAUGCCAAAUAGUGGGAAGACUGAACAUGCCAAUUAGUGUCCAUUUGGGAGUUAAGUUAAAAAGGCCCAGUAACAUAUGGUGCAUUGCCAAAGUCAAGGACACUGGUUUGGCAUGCCAAACAGCCAACAGACUAUGAACUGCACACAUGGGAUAGAUGUAGAGAGGGGAGUAAAUCCCCAGGUGCAAGUUUGAGUAAUACGACAAACACACGCAGCUUUAGCCAUCCAGCCACGUGUGCCUUUCCUACAUCCAUCCAACAUCUCCUGAACAUCUCUCCAUUUGUUUACUGUUCAUUCUUACAAAAAUGUUUCUGUCAUGUCAUACGUUAACGAGCACUGCACUUUUAUCACCUAGUAAUUAUUUAUUUAACUAUUUAUUUGUCUAUUUAUUUAUUACCCAUCACGUUGAAUGAGAGUGAAGUCUUAUAAGUAGAAAGUGCUCAGGUGAAUAUUUCUACACUUAGUUCCAUUCGACAAAACCUAUUAAAGCAAGAUUAUCGUCAACUCCGUCACAUGCAGCGAUGGUGAUAAGCAGCUACAUUUCUGCAGCUGAAAUCAACCAAGGUUCCUAAGCUUGAGAAAACACUAAACAUGGGCUUCUCAUCUGUCAUCUUGCUUGAGUAGGGACACCUCAUUCUCGAUUCUAUUUUCUUUACCUAGGAACUGUGUAAAGGGGGCUGGUAUGUGGGAGGGGUUGUUUAUAACUGGUAGGGUGUUAAGAGACUUUGGUUCAGGGUUUGGGUGGGUGGGGGUUCCUGCAUGUCUCAUCUUUUUUGCAUGAGGAAUGUGCCUGCAUUAUUAAAAGAUGGGAAGUAUGUAGGGGAAAACUGGCUGGAGGUCCAGAAGCAUAAAUGUAUUUUGUUAACUGCAAUGAACUUUACCAGACCCUUACCUGAAUAAUAAAAUGUGUUUUAUAAGAAUGGAGAGUGAUGUGUUGAUUGAGGGAGUCUUUAUUACCCGAUAAGGGCAAUCUUGCUAAUAAUAAAGGAAGGCUAGAGGUAGCAGCUUUUAGCGAACGAUCUGGCUUGUCUUAACACAGUUAGCCACAUUACCGUUUUUCUUUAACAUAACAUUUAACCACCAGCAAACGAGGUUUAGUCUAUUUUCUACAGAAUUCAACAGACCAUUUUACAAUGUUUAAAAGCCCAGCUGUGGAAUUUCCAUGCCUUCACUCAAAAAUGCAUACAUACUGUAAUUUAACUUCUCAAUCAAAAGGGUUUUAUGGAAGUACUGGAGCUCACUAAUUGUGCAUAGAAAGCUUCAUAUAAUUCACUACACUCACCAAGCUUUUACGCAAACUAUUACGGAUAGAGGAUUCCUACAGUAGCGGUCUGUGGCUCUUGAGUAAUGGCUCAAAAAAAUAUAAUAGCAGGGUUUUCAAAUGGAGCCUAGGCAAAAUUACACUCAGAUUCAAUAACAAAUCAACAAGCACAAAAAGCAAACAGGCAGGUCAUGGCAAGCUAGCUGGACCAUCUGUAGAACAUAUAGUACAGACUAACUAGUAAAAUGCAUGGAACGAUGCCAAAUUCACAGCCACUCAACUCAAACAUCCUUAACGAAGGACCCCUUGGAACGAUGUGCAUGUGAUUUUUGUUGUUGUUGUUGAGUGGGUAUGCGACUGGGAAGACCAUCAAGCAAAUAGCCUCCAUAAUUCACUGAGAUCAACUGCUUUGAAAAGGACUCCAAGCAAUCUAGCAGAAUACACAAUCAACUGCAAAGGCCAACCACAUAGGCUUGUUUAUGUACUGUAGGACAG